AUGUGCUCAUCCCAGAUCGAGAACUUGGACUGCCUAACCGAGUUGACUGUGCUGGACCUAAGCUUCAACAGGAUCAAACGUAUUGAACAUUUGGCUGCUUUGGUUAAACUAAAGAAACUUUUUCUGGUCAACAACCGGAUAGGAAAAAUUGAAAACUUGGACGGUCUGAUAGAAUUGGAAAUGCUGGAACUGGGUUCAAACAAGCUACGCGCUUUGGAGAAUAUUGAUCAUUUGAUAAACUUGCGCCAGUUGUAUCUCGGCAAAAACAAAAUUCCAACGAUUGAAAAUUUGGACAGUUUGGUGAACCUCACUUUACUAAGUAUUCAGGGUAAUCGGUUGACAAAAAUUUCCGGUUUGGAAAGACUGGUAAACCUGGAACAGUUAUAUCUGAGCGAAAAUGGGAUCACUCGGAUUGAAGGCUUGGAUAAUCUCGGAAAGCUCCAGAUCCUCGAUUUGGCAUGCAAUUUCAUUAGUGAAAUUGAUAACAUUGACCACCUUGUAGAACUGGAAGAGUUCUGGUUCAACGAUAACAAGUUAGCCAGUUGGGACCAAAUUGAACGGCUGACGGUAUUAAAGAAUUUGCGCACGCUGUACAUGGAGCGGAAUCCCAUUUACUUCUCUAACCCUGAGCGUACAAAACAUGAUCCGAACUACCGGCGAAAAAUUCUCCUCACCCUGCCAACUCUGCGUCAGCUGGAUGCGAAUCUGACCGGAGUCGGUCUAUGAACAGUAAAGACCUAGUCAUGUGCUUCCAGCGAGACGAGAUUCUUCAUGCUCAACAACCAGCGCCCGUGCGAAUCCUGGUAUUGGAGUCAGUGUCUCCGGUUGUUGUAUUACACCAACGAUGUUUGCCCCUUGCUCACAUUUUCUUGUACAUUGAAAAUAUAACAGCAUGCCAAAUCCCAUUUGACUGUAA